UGUCUGUCUCUCUGUCUGCUAUUGUCGUUGUUUUGCUGUUAUGUUUGUGAUGUGUCGCAGUGUUUUGUAUGUCGAUUGCUUUAAUGGUAGCGUUGGUUAAGCUGACAGCUAGCUAGCUAGCAAUAACGCUAAUGUUGGCUAACCAGAGCAAUGGUCCACCCACAACAAGUCCAGUUGUUGUCCAUCGGUGUUUUUUUCUUUUCUUUCAUUACUACUUCGCUAACUAUCCUCAUCCCACAGUCUCUGUGAAAGAACCCCUUUUAUUGUCAACAGUGUCAUAUAUUUUCACGACACGUUUAAUGUUUUGUGUGACAUGAAAUAGGCGUAAAUAAUUUACCGUUGGCUAGGUAAUGAUCAGCGUUAGCUAACAAUAGCUAAAUGGCGUUACUAAGGCCUGACUUCAAGCCUGACUGAUUUGACCACCGAUCUAGCUAUUCAUCAGCUGUCGAAGAUUAGGAAUUACUAUAAUUAUUAUAUUUAUGAUGAAGUUUGGUGUAGUCUUAUCAUGACACUCUCUGGGUGUCUCACGUCAAACUGUACAAUGUCAAAAGAAAUAAGCUAGCUCGUUUGUGUUUGUCGCAGGUUGCUAACAGUUUUAUUUUGCUAGCAUAUUAUAUUUCAGCUAGCGGAUACCUAGCACUAAUCAAUAAUCACCCCGAAACGAGAAAAAAGAAUAAUACUACCCCUGAUGUCAAAGACAUACUAGAGGACUACUCAAAUGGCUAGCUGUGGCGAGGUUGACCACUCGGCGAGCCUGCUGGCCAGCAGAAAGGGGGGCAGUGAUUCGUUGCCAGGCUCAGGCGGCUCCUCUCCCUCCCUGCCUGUGCCGGAGUGUGCCAUCUGCUUGCAGAGCUGCGUGCACCCGGUGCGCCUGCCCUGCCGCCACAUCUUCUGCUUCCUCUGUGUGAAGGGCGCAUCCUGGCAGAGCAAGCGUUGCGCCCUUUGCAGACAGGAGGUGCCGGAAGACUUUCUGGAGCGGCCCACACUGCUGUCACCUGAGGAGCUCAAGGCUUCGGCGGCCGGCAAGGCGCCGGGCGAGUACGCCUGGUACUACGAGGGCCGAAACGGAUGGUGGCAGUACGAUGAGCGCACCAGCCGUGAGUUGGAGGAUGCCUUUUCCAAGGGCAAGAAGACUGCAGAGAUGCUGAUCGCCGGGUUCUUGUACGUGGCCGACCUGGAGAAUAUGGUCCAGUACCGGCGCAAUGAGCACGGCCGCCGCCGUAAGAUGAAGCGUGACGUCGUGGACAUCCCCAAGAAGGGCGUGGCCGGGCUGAGGCUGGACUCAGACGCUGUGGCACAGGCGGCCGCAGCAGCAGGAGGGCGCGAGAGCUCGGCAGACGGGGCAGAUACUUCCGGAGUGCCAGGGACCAGCGCUGGUGGUGCCACAGCGGCUGCCCCGCCUAUUCUGGUCCCCCCUGGCCGACCCCCUACCUCCCUUGGUGGCCAGCCCACAAGCCCCUCUAGCCACUCCUCCUCUUCAGACGAUGGGCUCUCGUUGGAAAGGGCCUUCGUCCACCUCCAGAUUGGCCGCAGUCCGGCUCCAGAGAGAGGCGGUGUCCUCGAGGGGGAAGAGGAUGAGGACGACGAUGAGGACGACGAAGAUGAGACCUCUCCCUCACGCUUGUCCUCUUCCCACGAUGCCUCAGUCGAUGAAUCUGUACCAGAGAGCAGCACUGAGGAUGAGGAGGAUAACGAUCAGAGGCCUCCUGGAGAGGAUGAGGAGGAGGGUACGGCUGCUGCGGUUGCGGCUUGGCAAGGACUUCACCGACCCAGACCGAACCCAGAGGAACGCUCCCCACCUGGAGGUGCUUCAUCGGUCACUAGCAGCGUUGCUGGUGGUGGUGGUGCUGGUGGUAGUAGCUUGGGCUCCCGGAGGCCUGAUGGGCAGUGUACAGUGACUGAAGUGUAAGACGCUGGGGGGGAAACUAAAGACCCCUUCACUGGAACUGAGCCGCUCAGUCAGCCCUUGCACUCAGUAUCACAGCAACUCCAGCAGCAGCAGCAGCAGCAGCAGCAGCAACAACCAUACUCCUGCCAGCCCAUGGGCCCUCCUGUACUGGGUGUCAUUGGAUGAUGAGGAGCCCCACCACCACCACCACCCUCCCUCCCUGAACCAGUUUUUCUUGUGUAGAUUUAAUUGUUUCUGGAGAUUAAACCAUGAAUGUGAAUGAUUACCUAAAAUGUUUUGUCAUAGAUUUAUUUUUCUUUAUUAUUAUAAUUUGCAUUGAUCCAUCAUGCCUAACACCUAAUGCCCCUGACAGAAGAAAAGGUCACUUGGAAUUCUAAACAAGGCCUUAAAACAUGAGCGAGUUGCUUUUAACAAUUUUAACAGUGUGGUCGGUAAAGUGUAAACCAUUUUCAGCUUUUCUGAUCUUUUGAUGGGUCUGAAGUUUAAACAUAUUGAACCCUUGGGCUGCAGUCCUGAUUUUAAAAUGGUGUUUCAUAACCAUAGCAUGGUCUUGGAGUGUUGUGUUCACAUUUCAUCUGUGUGCUAGUCUAGCUCAUAACUUGUGCAUGUUAUAAGAGAGGGCUUCUAAACACUACUGGCAGGAUGAAAUUAAAUGUUCUUUUUAUUAUUAUGGUUAUUUUGGAUUUCAUUUGGCUAGGCAGUUGGUUUGUCGCUUGCCCCUUUGUUGUGAGUUUUGUGUGAAAUGAAUGAUGUGGUCGUAUGACAAGGGCAGUGUUAUCUGUUACAGUUUAUAUUUUGUUUUUGUUUUUUAAUGCGUCACCAGUUCUCAACAUUGUGACACUUUGUUUUAGAUUUCCAUCUUGACUUUUAAAAAACUAAAAGAAGUAUAAUUUUCUUUCUGUGACUUUUGCUUUGUUGUAAUAUUUUGUUACAGGAUUUGUAAUUUAAUAAUAAAGUCUGUGUCAACUUAUCA